UGUUUUCUUCUAAAUUGGUUGGAAUUUCCUAUGGAACACUUGACUUGUACGGCAAAAUCAGCAGUGACUGAAAAGGGAAGUCUUUUGUUGUUCCUUAAUCAUCAAUCGAAAACACACUGAAAAUGAAACAACACUACUUAGCAUAAAUUCACGGUUCUUGCUGUUUUUUUUUAUUAGUGAAAGAUUGAUAACAAUCAUGAAUUGCUUCUCUUCAUCUUUAUUAGUUUUCACUUUGGUCCUUCAUAUUUGUAAUUUGGGUUAUGCAGUGUCCAUAAUUAAAGAUUCAUAUGUUUCUGCAAUUGGUGAUCCUGGAAUGAAAAACCCAAAUGCAAGAUUUGGAUUUGAAGCAUGGAAUUUUUGUAAUGAAGUUGGAAGAGAGGCUCCUCAUAUGGGUAGUCCCAGGCUUGCUGACUGUGCUGAUCUUCACUGCUCAGGUCACCGAGAUAUUCUGGGCGAUCAACUUCUUCGGAAACAAAGCACUUGUAAAGUACACCACAAAGUGACAGAAGUAGACAAUAGAUUAGGAGCUGGAGAUAAAUUUCCAGAUGGGAGUUAUAAAGCUGACAUGAAUCCUGAUCUUUACGCUGUGGAAAAGGAGUGGUAUCUUGGUUCACUUUGCAAAGUGCAUGAUUCUGCUCACCCGUGGUAUUAUUGGAUGAUAAUGCUUAAAAACGGAAAUUUUGACAAGAACACAACUCUUUGUCCUGAAAAUGGUAGGAAAGUUUCUAAGAUAGUGACUGGUAGAACUUUUCCAUGUUUUGGUAAGGGCUGCAUGAAUCAGCCACUUGUCUACCAUAACUACUCAAGAAUAGAGCAUUCAUCUUUGAUCGGAGGCUUCUAUGGAACAUAUGACCUUGAUGCCAAUUUAACUGCCGGUGUAGAUGGAAAAUCUUUUUUUUCAGCUUCAUGGCGGAAGAAUUUAAGCACAGGUAGUUGGAUUAUCUCAAACAAAUUGACGACAUCAUCCAAGUAUCCAUGGCUUAUGUUGUAUCUAAGAGCAGAUGCAGCAGAAGGGUUUAAUGGAGGAUAUCACUAUAGUGGCCGUGGAAUUAUGAAAAAGCUUCCGGAGUCACCGAACUUCAAGGUAAAGUUGACACUUGAUGUUAGACAAGGAGGAGGCUCCAAUAGCCAGUUUUAUCUUCUCGACAUUGGAAGCUGCUGGAAAAAUAGAGGAGAUCCAUGUGAUGGAGACGUUUUAACGGAUGUGACGAGAUACAGUGAGAUGAUCAUCAAUCCAGCAACCACAAGUUGGUGUCAUCCUGAUAACCUCGUGUCCUGUCCACCCUACCACAUUAGCCCUAAUGGGGAGAUAAUAUACAGAAAUGAUACUUCUCGGUUCCCAUACUCUGCUUAUCAUCUCUAUUGUGCUCCUGGAAAUGCAAAUUAUUUAGAGAAACCAUAUGAUAUCUGUGACCCAUACAGCAAUCCACAAGCUCAAGAACUGAUACAAAUCCUGCCACAUCCUGAGUGGGCUGUGCAUGGUUAUCCUUCAAAACAAGGAGAGGGGUGGAUUGGUGAUGCUAGGACUUGGGAGCUUGACGUAGGAGCAUUAUCUAGUCGCUUAUACUUUUACCAGGAUCCAGGAACCAAGCCAGCAAAGCGUGUUUGGUCUUCACUUAAUGUUGGUACAGAAAUAUAUGUUAGCAGCCAAGGGGCUACUGCUGAAUGGACUGUCAGUGAUUUUGAUGUAUUGAUUCCUGAAGAUGAUAAAGGUGAUGUUAGGGCAGUUCUGUAACAUAACACCUGUUGUAUGUUCAUUGUGCUUUACAAUAAGUUUCACUUCUAACAAAUUUCUUUUUCGCUUGUUUGUAUAUAAUAUAGACACACAUAUAAGUAUAUCUACUUUUGGCUUUCUGUUCA